AUGGCAACCAUCGAAUCUGCCCGCGCCGCCUCCCUCGUCGACGCCGAACAAAAAGCAAUCCAACUCUUCACCGAAAUCGAGCGUACCCUCAUCCGCCCCGGUGUAAGCGAAAAGACUCUAAGCGACGAAAUCCACGCCCUCGGCGUCGAACGCUUCAACGUGCGCACUCACUGGCACAAACGUCUGAUUCGCAGUGGCCCAAAUACCUUGCGACCCUUUGACGAUAACCCACCCGAUCGAAUUAUCGAAGAAGAUGAUAUUCUAGUUGUUGACUUGGGUCCCGUGUUUGAGGAAUGGGAAGCUGAUUUUGGGCGGACGUAUGUGCUCGGGAAUGAUCCGAAGAAGAUCCUGUUGAGGGAUGCACUGGAGCCGAUUUGGUUCCAGGUUAAGGAUUGGUAUUAUCAGCAGCAAUCUACCAAAACUGGAGACGAAGGCGUGACGGGCGAAGAGCUUUAUGCGUAUGCAUGCGAAACGGCUGAAAAGGCGGGAUUCAAGUUCGGUGCGCCUAUAGCUGGACAUAUUGUCGGCUCGUUUCCGCAUGAACGUAUCCCUAGAGAUAAGAUUACGCUUUACAUUACAAAGGGGAAUAAUGAGGCGAUGACUCGGCCGGGGAAGGGGGGCCAUUUGAGGCAUUGGAUUUUGGAGAUUCAUCUUCACGAUCCGGCGGGGGAGUUUGGGGGCUUCAUGGAGCAGAUUUUGACGGCUGGAUAUUAA